CCCCCUCGCCCCCCCUCGCCCACCCCCAAGCCUCCCCCAACAGCCUUCAUUCCUGUCGUGGGUCUUCCGUCCCUGCCUCGUGCCUCGCCCUCUCCACUUGGGCUAUCCGCAAUCAGUCGGCUGAGGCUGAAGUGUGUGUGGGCCUCCGAUCUGCAACAGCUUCCUUGUCCCUUCGCGUCAAUUACCGCGCCAGCCAGCCAAACCAUCGCAGCGCUUUUUACUAGUGCAGCGCAGGAAAGUCCAUCGUCACCGACCCAUCACCUUUUUCAAUUCUGCGCCGUCGCCACGCCUUUCCACUCCCAACUCUUGUCCCAUUCACCCACUGUGGACACCACUCCAAAUUCCACUUCUCCCGUCAAAAGGUACCCGCCGACGGACGCGAAUCGACUGUUCAUCGCAAUCCCCCACACAGGCUCCACCCUACAAAGCUUCUUCGUGGGCCAUCCUUCCUUACCUUGCGACGUUAGCCCAACGGCCCUCCUUGGUGUGCAUACCCAGCCGUUGCACACGUUACUCCGCUUCUGA